GUUCUGCGCUUCGUCUACACAGCCAACGGUAAAUUGAACUCAGACAACAUCAGCCAAGUCAUCAGUCUCUUGGUCAAGUUGGGCCUCAACAACCUUAAAGACAUUUGCAAGAGUUACUUGGUAGAUUGCUGUAACAUCGAAAAUGCCGUCUUUCACUAUUCCAUAGCUCUGAACAACAAAAUGUUUGAAGUCGCUCAGAUCCUAUUCAACAUCAUAGCUGAUAAUUUUUUAGCUGUAUCCAACACUACACAGUUCUUGUACCUGAGUUGCGAAAGGUUGUUGCCAUUCAUCAAGUGCACGCAUUUGAAUGUUAAAACUGAGAUGGAUGUUUUCAUGGCCGUUGUCAAUUGGAUAAAUUUUGAUCAGGCGAACAGGCUUUCAAGUGCAAAAAAACUCAUGGCAGACGUUCAUUUUGAGGUCUGGUUAUUCGUAUUUGUGAAUUUAAAAUUAAUUAUUUCAAAUAUAUAUAACAUAUAA